CUGCAUGUCCUGCACGCCCGAAAGGCAACUCAGCUGCAUCAGCUGCUCAAGGCAGUUCACCUCGAGCCCCUGGGCCCUUGCAUGCCUCGGACUUUCAACUGUGACGCGCCCUCGUCCAGCCUCGUCCCCAACCUCCGCUCAUGUACCUCCCCUCCUCGGCCUCCUCGAAAUCAUCACCCACCCUCCAAUGCUGCACCACAUCUUGCUCCGCUUCUCUCUCUCUGCCUAGAUCUCCA